AUCUUGGAAAGGGCGGCAAAAGGGAGCGGGAAGACGCCACCUUGGAAAGGUCACUGAAGUCGCUAAAACAGGGCCGACAUCUUGGGAAGGUCCGGUCUAUGGUGCCCGCCUCCCCCCGAGGUAGAACCGCACCGCCAUUUUGGGAGGGUCAGUUAGGCUCGAAAUGCCCUGUCAGGGCCGGGCCCCAAGCUGCGCCUGGAGGAGCGGGGCCUGUGAAACACCUCAGCCCAGCCCUGGGUGCGAGAGGCCCACCAGGAGGGGAGGCGCUCGCUGGGCAGCCCCGUACCAGGGCGGGGGUGCUGGGCCUAGCAGCCCGUGAGCUGGGCUUUCCUCCCCGAGGCACCGCCGUCACCCCAGUGGCAGGGCCUGACUGAACGUGCGGCCUGGCGCCUGCCCCGACGAGCUCCCAGUCUGAGGCCGCGAGAUGGACAGACCGAGCGCUGUGGUACAGAGAUAGAUGUACUGAAGAACUGCUUGAUAGAUGCUGGAGAGAAAUAUGCUGGUUUCUAAACUGGUGUUUAGAAUGUCAUGAAUUUCUGAGGAAACAUAGAACUUUGAAUUUGGGUUGGCAGCUGAUGUGACACCUUUAUCAGAUGCUGGGAAGGGACUGGGCAUGGGAGAGCAGAGUUAUUUCUCAUCCUUGUCUUCACAACACAGAAAGAGGAGGAGGAGGAAGAGAGAGAAAGAGAAAACUAAAAACCCUGAAGGAUGGUUCUCAAAAAUUCGAAAGGAACCACAGGGAAUUCCUUUUAAGAGCAACAGAAAGCGAGCCAGCUGAGAUCUGCAUGUUUAGGUUUGUGCUUCUGACACAUCAAAAUCCAAGAUCUGCACUCCUGCUCGAAAGGCACAGAAUCACUGAACUCCAAAUGUCAGCAGUUUGUGAUGACAGAGACUGCGCUGCUUUAUAUAACCUGAGCCGAUUCUUCCCCUACUGUAAAACGUGUAGCUCCAUUGUCUUCAUUGGAAUAUGCUGACUGAUGCCAGGGAUUCUGAAGGGACAAUUGUAGCCAGCAGCAGAGAUGCCUUUUCCUUAGCCCUGUAGAACUUCUCUGGAUACAAACCUGGAGAUCGGUGCUCUGCAGGGACUCCCUGGAGAAGCAAGGGCCUUGAAACGCGACAGACGUGCCCCACUGCUCCACCAAGAGUUCUCUUCUCGCACACAUGCCCUUCGGACCAGGAGCCAGCGGUGAUGUGUCUGAUUAUUUCUCCCUAGGUGCUGAUCUGGAGAAUCUAUACCAACUCUCUCUUGGCUGGAUAGGAACCAGAGUCCUUGCUCCAGAGUCCUUGCUCCAGUGCCCUGGUCUUACCACAUUAUUGUCACAUUUGCUUGCUGAGGUGAGAUCUUGUCAGGGUCUAGCUGUGUGGAGUGAAAACCAGCUUUAAAGAACAGUAAAUAUGCAAAACAGCUUUCACUCUAUUCAGCUACCAUCUUGAAUACUCCACUUCCCCCACCACCACCACCAUCAAACACAUCCUAUCAAUAGAGGCAUGAAGAGACUGGCCAUGUAGGAGAGAGCCCAAAUUGGGAUAAGGGUUUCCUUGUGCAUGGAGCUGUGCAAACACACAACAAGACAAGCUGCCUGCCAUGAAGAGAUUUAAGACGAAAUUUAUCUGAUUUAAGACGAAAUACAAAGAAGAAUAACAAAAAAUAGGGAGGAAAAGAGAAUUCCAGAAUGGAGAAAUAUAUUAAUGCUAUUCUGCCUCUUCUCUUAUCUAGUCAAGACUUCCUGUGUUCUAAAUAUCCUAAGGAAGCAAGGAUGGGACAAUUUUGCCAUUGAAAAGAGGAAGCUGGAGAAGUGUAAGAACUUUGAGUCUGUGCUCUUUCCAUCAGCUAGACGAUAACAUGCAAAAGUAAUUUAUUCAUCUCCAUUCCAUCACCCCUCAUCAGACUUCAAAGAUAUUUUAAAUCACAAACGAGACUGUAUCAGAUAUUGUAAUAGAAAUUCACCAAAAGAUCUGGUCUGCAGAAACAGGCCCAUUUGAUUGCAGUGGCUCUCAAGUGUCCUGCAAUUCUGGGCCCAUUUGACUCCACUGAUGCUCAUGUGCACCUUUCCAGGAUUUGUAUGAAAAGAAAAAGUCUGAAGAAAAAGUACAAGACAUUCAAGUCAACAUAAGAGACGGCAACAGGUCCAAGCCGUAGUGGGUGCAAUGAAAGCUCCAUGCAGGCCUUACCAUGGAAGGCUGUGACUCGCCUGUCAUCUCUGGGAAGGACAAUGGGUGUGGCAUCCCUCAGCACCAGCAAUGGACUGAACUCAACAGCACCCACCUCCCUGACAAACCCAGUAGCAUGGAGCAGUCCACAACCGAAAACCACGGGGCCCUAGACAGCCUGAGGGUCCCCUUUCAUGAGCGCAUUCCAGACAGCACCAACUCAGCUGGCCCCAACACUGAGUCCACUAGCAAAGAGGUCAGCUGCAACGAAUGCUUGGCCUCCUUCGCCAGUUUACAGACCUAUAUGGAGCACCAUUGCCCCAGUGCCCACCCACCUCUUCCACUGAGGGAGGAAAGUGGGAGCGAUACCAGUGAGGAGGGGGACGAGGAGAGUGACGUGGAGAACCUUGCUGGAGAAAUAGUCUACCAGCCAGAUGGCUCCGCGUAUAUUGUUGAAAGCAUCAACCAGUUGAUCCAAAGUGGGGGAGCCUGUGGCAGUGGCAGUGGGGCUCUCCCUUCGUUCGUUAUGAACUCUCUACCCAAUGCUGGGGGCAAACAAGGAGAACCCUCCUCUGCUGCACCUGUGUACCCACAGAUCAUUAAUACUUUCCACAUAGCCUCAUCCUUCGGGAAAUGGUUUGAGGGCUCAGACCAGUCCUUCCCGAAUACCUCAGCCCUGACGGGCAUCAGCCCCGUCUUGCACAGCUUCCGUGUUUUUGAUGUGCGACACAAAAGCAACAAGGAUUACCUGAACAGCGACGGUUCUGCCAAAAGCUCCUGUGUAUCCAAAGAUGUUCCCAACAAUGUGGACCUGUCCAAAUUUGAUGGCUUUGUGCUCUAUGGGAAGAGGAAGCCCAUACUGAUGUGUUUCUUGUGCAAGCUCUCCUUUGGGUAUGUCCGCUCAUUUGUGACCCAUGCAGUGCAUGACCAUCGAAUGACACUGAGUGAGGAGGAGCGGAAAAUUCUUAGCAAUAAGAACAUCUCCGCUAUCAUCCAAGGGAUAGGCAAAGACAAGGAACCCCUUGUAAGUUUUCUGGAACCAAAAAACAAAAACUUUCAACACCCUUUAGUUUCUGCAGCUAACCUCAUAGGCCCUGGACACAGCUUUUACGGUAAAUUCAGUGGCAUUCGAAUGGAAGGGGAAGAGGCUCUCCAGACUGGCACUGCCAGUGGAGCAGAGCAGCCACCAUCAGGCAUCUUGGCGCCUGGUGCCCUCUUGAACCUUGGUGGGCUGACCAGCUCGGCUCUGAAAACCCCAAUUACCUCAGUCCCCCUGGGCCCGCUGGCUUCCAGUCCUACCAAAUCCUCAGAGGGAAAAGACACUGGGGCAGCAGAUAGUGAGAAGCAAGAAAUGGGUGACCAGGAUAGCCUCUCGGAAAAGGCAGAGCCAGCUGAGGAGGUGGAGGACGAAGAAGAGGAGGAUGUGGAGGAGGAAGAAGAGGAGGAGGAAGAGGAGGAGGAGGAGGAAGACGACGACGAUGAGGAUUGCAAAGGGCUGUUUCCAAGCGAGUUGGAGGAUGAAUUGGAAGAUAGGCCCCAUGAAGAGUCUGGGGCUGUGGCAGGUAGCAGCAGCAAAAAGGACCCUGCUCUCUCAAACCAAAGCAUUUCUAACUCUCCCUUAAUGCCUAACGUGCUCCAGACCCUGUCAAGGGGCACAGUUUCUUCUAGUUCUAAUUCUGCUUCUUCCUUUGUCUUUGAUGGUGCAAACAGGAGGAGUCGUUUAAGCUUUAACAAUGAGGGCGGUGGAGCCAGCGUGGCAGAGGGCAGCAGGAGGUUGGACUUCAUCGAUGAAAGUGCCAAUAAAGACAAUGCCACAGCACCAGAACCAAAUGAGAGUGCAGAGGGUGAGGAUGGGAGCUACCUCUCCCAUCACCAGCAUGCUGGUCCCCUCUGCGAGCUUGGGGGUGGGGAGUGCCCCUCGGGGAGUGGCGUGGAGUGCCCAAAGUGUGACACCGUCCUGGGCUCCUCACGAUCACUAGGCGGCCACAUGACCAUGAUGCAUUCUCGCAACUCGUGUAAGACACUCAAGUGUCCCAAGUGCAAUUGGCACUACAAAUACCAGCAGACACUUGAGGCACACAUGAAGGAGAAGCACCCCGAGCCAGGUGGCUCAUGUGUGUACUGCAAGAGUGGGCAGCCACACCCCCGGUUGGCACGGGGCGAGAGCUACACUUGUGGUUACAAGCCUUUUCGCUGUGAGGUCUGUAACUACUCCACUACUACCAAAGGCAACCUCAGUAUUCAUAUGCAGUCCGACAAGCAUCUCAACAACAUGCAAAACCUGCAGAAUGGAGGGGGAGAGCAAGUCUUCAGUCACACUGCUGGGGCAGCGGCAGCAGCUGCGGCAGCGGCAGCCGCUGCGGCAGCAAACAUUGGUAGCACCUGUGGGGCCCCCUCACCCACCAAACCAAAAACCAAACCAACCUGGCGGUGUGAGGUGUGUGACUACGAAACCAAUGUAGCUAGGAACCUUCGCAUUCACAUGACCAGUGAGAAGCAUAUGCACAAUAUGAUGCUGCUUCAGCAGAAUAUGACCCAAAUCCAACACAACCGACAUUUGGGCCUUGGAAGCCUGCCCUCCCCAGCCGAGGCUGAGCUGUACCAGUACUACCUGGCACAAAACAUGAAUCUACCCAACCUGAAGAUGGACAGCACUUCCUCUGAUGCCCAGUUCAUGAUGGGUGGAUACCAACUCGAUCCCACCAAUCCUAUGGCAACUAUGGCUCCAUCUCUAGUGGGUGGAGAGAUCCCCUUGGACAUGCGGCUGGGGGGCGGGCAGCUGGUGUCCGAGGAGCUAAUGAACCUGGGUGAGAGCUUCACACAAACAAAUGACCCAUCACUGAAGCUCUUCCAGUGUGCUGUGUGCAACAAGUACACUACAGACAACCUGGACAUGCUGGGGCUGCACAUGAAUGUGGAGCGCAGCCUACCGGAGGAUGAGUGGAAGGCAGUGAUGGGGGACUCAUACCAGUGCAAGUUGUGCCGCUACAACACGCAGCUCAAGGCAAACUUCCAGCUCCACUGCAAAACUGAUAAGCACGUGCAGAAGUACCAGCUAGUAGCGCACAUCAAGGAGGGUGGCAAGGCCAAUGAGUGGAGGCUGAAAUGUGUGGCCAUCGGGAAUCCCGUGCAUCUGAAGUGCAAUGCCUGUGACUACUACACCAACAGUCUGGAGAAGCUGCGUCUGCACACAGUUAACUCCAGGCAUGAGGCCAGCCUGAAGCUGUACAAGCACCUUCAGCAUCAUGAGAGCGGAGUUGAGGGCGAAAGCUGCUAUUAUCACUGUGCCCUCUGUAACUAUUCCACCAAGGCCAAGCUGAACCUUAUCCAGCAUGUGCGCUCCAUGAAACAUCAGCGUAGUGAGAGCCUGCGCAAACUGCAGCGCCUUCAGAAGGGCCUCCCUGAGGAAGAGGAAGACUUAGGUCAGAUCUUCACCAUCCGCAAGUGUCCAGCUGCUGAUGCCGAAGAGGUGGUUGAAGAUGUGGAAGGGCUGAAUGAGACACCCGCUGAUCCAGAAGAGCCUAGUAAAGAGCAAGAGAGUGACGGUGACAAGGACCAGAACAAAUGGACAGGAAAAUGGGGCCAAAGGUCAGGUGGCAGGCGUGCUGGUGGCAGAAAGUUAGCACCAGCCAGCCAGGCAGACAAGGAGCUGACAGAGUCUCCAGCAUCCUCCAAACGCAUGUCAUUUCCCAGCAGCUCUGAGUCACCUCUCUCCUCUAAAUGGUCAAAAACUUCAGAGGAGACCAAAUCAGAGCAGAUGUAUCAGUGUCCAUACUGCAAAUACAGUAACCCCGAUGUGAACCGGCUGCGGGUACAUGCCAUGACCCAGCACUCGGUGCAGCCCAUGCUCCGCUGCCCGCUCUGCCAGGACAUGCUCAACAACAAGAUCCACCUGCAGCUGCACCUCACACACCUGCACAGUGUGUCACCUGACUGUGUUGAAAAACUCAUCAUGACGGUGACAACACCUGAAGUGAUGAUGCCCAGCAGUAUGUUUCUCCCAGCAGCCACUCCAGACAGAGAUGGAAACACCAAUGCAGAGGAGCCGGGGAAGCAGGCUGAGACCUCUGAGGAGUCUGGAAAAAGCGUUCUGUCAUCUGAGAGCGUAGAGCACAGUGGAGAGUCCAAACCUGUUCCUGCCGAUCAGAGCUCCACCAGAGAGGACUCUGGCUUUCUUUGCUGGAAGAAGGGGUGCAGCCAGGUGUUCAAAAGCUCAUCAGCCCUUCAAACGCAUUUCAAUGAAGUUCAUGCUAAACGGCCCCAACUGCCAGUGUCUGAUCGCCAUGUCUAUAAGUACCGUUGCAACCAGUGCAGCCUGGCUUUCAAAACCAUCGAGAAGCUGCAGCUUCAUUCUCAGUACCAUGUAAUCAGAGCAGCUACUAUGUGUUGUCUUUGCCAACGCAGUUUCCGAACCUUCCAAGCUCUGAAGAAGCACCUGGAGACGAGUCAUCUGGAGUUGAGUGAAGCAGACAUUCAGCAGCUUUACAGUGGGCUUUUGGUCAAUGGAGACCUCCUAGCUAUGGGUGACCCUUCGCUGGCUGACGACCAUACUAUCAUUGUUGAAGAUGAUAAAGAGGAAGAGAGUGACCUAGAAGAUAAACAGAGUCCUACUGGCAGUGAUUCUGGGUCAGUACAAGAAGACUCAGGCUUGGAACCUAAGAGGGCCCUACCUUUCAGGAAAGGUCCUAAUUUCACCAUGGAGAAAUUUCUCGAUCCAUCUCGCCCAUACAAGUGUACGGUCUGCAAAGAAUCUUUCACACAAAAGAACAUUCUUUUGGUCCAUUACAAUUCAGUUUCUCAUCUACAUAAACUGAAAAGAGCCCUUCAGGAGUCUGCUACUGGGCAACCUGAACCUACCAGCAGUCCAGACAACAAACCUUUUAAGUGCAACACUUGCAAUGUGGCCUACAGCCAGAGUUCUACACUGGAGAUCCACAUGAGGUCUGUCCUACACCAGACAAAGGCUCGAGCUGCCAAGCUUGAGGCAGCUAGUGGCAGUGGCAAUAGUAAUGGAACUGGUAAUAGCAGUAGUAGCAGUAUCUCUCUGGGUUCAUCCACACCAAGUCCCGUGAGUACUAGCAGCUCUAACACCUUCACAACCACCAAUACCAGCAAUGCUGGCACAGCUCCAGUCCCUAGUUUACUCAGCCACGGAUCCAGUGAGAGUGUGGGAAUUCCCCCUUCGAGUAACCCCAUUAGCGCUAACAUCGCCUCUCCUUCUGAGCCUAAGGAUGUCAACCGGAAGAAACUGGCAGACAUGAUUGCAUCCAGGCAGCAGCAACAGCAACAAGCUCAAACCUUAGCACAGGCGCAAGCCCAAGUCCAGGCCCACCUACAGCAAGAGCUGCAGCAGCAAGCUGCCCUCCUGCAGUCUCAGCUGUUCAGCCCUACUCUCCUACCACACUUCCCCAUGACCACAGAGACCCUGCUCCAGCUUCAGCAACAGCAGCAUCUUCUGUUUCCAUUUUACAUCCCCAGUGCCGAGUUCCAGCUCAAUCCAGAAGUUAGCUUGCCUGUGACCAGUGGUGCUCUGACACUAUCUGGUACUGGUCCAAAUUUGCUGGAAGAUUUAAAGGCUCAAGUUCAGCUCCCACAGCAGAGCCAUACACAGAUAUUACAACAGCAGCAAGGUCAACUAUCUUUGUCACAGUCUCACUCUGUCCAUAUACAACAGAGCCAACAUCAAGAGAAAAAAACCAAAUCAGUUAUUAAGGAGAAGGAAAAAGACACCCAGAGGGAAAGGGAAAAUGCAGAGAGGGGAGACAGCAGUUCAUUGUCUAAGGAAUCUCUGCCUGACAACCUAAAGCCCAAAGACAAGAAAGACUUUGCCCCAGGCAAUAGUUCAGAACCCUCCCUACUUCCUCCACGUAUCGCAUCUGAUGCAAGAGGCAAUGCCACAAAAGCCUUGCUAGAAAACUUUGGCUUUGAGCUGGUUAUUCAGUACAAUGAGAACAAACAGAAAGUGCAAAAGAAAAAUGGGAAGACAGAGCAGGGUGAGAACUUGGAAAAGCUUGAAUGUGACACAUGUGGCAAGUUUUUCUCAAACAUCCUCAUUCUAAAGAGUCACCAAGAGCACGUUCACCAACACUACUUCCCCUUUAAGCAGCUGGAGAGGUUUGCCAAGCAGUACAGAGAGCACUAUGAUAAACUGUAUCCACUGAGACCUCAGACUCCAGAUCCGCCACCGCCUCCACCUCCUCCUCCACCUCCACUCCCCACAGCACCUCCUCAGCCAGCUUCCACUCCUGCCAUUCCUACUUCUGCUCCACCUAUUACUUCUCCUACAAUCGCACCAGCCCAGCCAUCUGUGCCACUCACCCAGCUCUCUAUGCCAAUGGAGCUGCCCAUCUUUUCACCACUUAUGAUGCAAACUAUGCCACUACAAACAUUACCUGCCCAGUUACCACCUCAGCUUGGUCCUGUAGACCCUCUACCUGCAGACCUAGCUCAGCUGUAUCAACAUCAACUCAACCCUAGCCUUCUACAGCAACAGCAGAACAAGAGGCCACGUACUCGGAUCACAGACGACCAGCUCAGAGUUCUUCGGCAGUAUUUUGAUAUUAACAACUCUCCCAGUGAGGAACAGAUCAAAGAGAUGGCAGACAAGUCUGGACUGCCACAGAAAGUGAUAAAACACUGGUUUAGAAACACUCUGUUUAAAGAACGCCAGCGCAACAAGGAUUCCCCAUACAACUUCAGCAAUCCUCCAAUUACCAGCCUGGAAGAACUGAAGAUAGACUCACGGCCUCCCUCUCCAGAACCUCAAAAGCACGAAUACUGGGGAAGCAAGAGGUCCUCCAGGACACGGUUUACUGAUUACCAGCUCAGAGUCCUGCAGGACUUUUUUGAUGCUAACGCUUAUCCAAAGGAUGAUGAAUUUGAACAACUUUCUAAUUUGCUGAACCUCCCUACCCGUGUUAUAGUGGUGUGGUUCCAGAACGCCCGUCAGAAAGCUAGGAAAAACUAUGAGAACCAAGGAGAAGGCAAAGAUGGGGAACGGCGGGAGCUUACAAAUGAUAGGUACAUUCGAACGAGCAACUUAAACUACCAGUGCAAAAAAUGUAGUCUAGUCUUUCAGCGCAUUUUUGAUCUUAUCAAACACCAGAAAAAGCUUUGUUAUAAGGAUGAGGAUGAGGAUGGACAGGACGAUAGCCAGAAUGAAGACUCUAUGGAUGCAAUGGAGCUGUUGACGCCAACCAGUUCUUCCUGCAGCACACCAAUGCCCUCUCAAGCUUACAGCACCCCCACAUCUUCAGCUAAUGCAACCUCUUCAGCCUUCGUGCAGCUCACAGCUGAUGCAGAUGACUCCUCCAUGUAUACUUCUAAAAUAGAAGCUAUAGAUGAGAAACCAAAGCAAUCUGAACCUCUGAGUACACAGCAAAACCAAACUCAAGAUAAGCAAGUGCAACCAAAGCAAGAGCCUCAGCAGCAGCAGCAAGACCAAGGAGAACAGAAGACAAGUUCAACACACCAAAAGAUCUCACCAUUAUCCUCCCCAUCCUCAUUACAACAACAGCCUCCACCACAGGCACAGCCACCCCAGUGUCCUUUGCCACAAUCAAGCCCAAGUCCAUCUCAACUCUCACAUCUUUCCCUCAAGCCCCUUCAUACGUCCACCCCUCAACAACUGGCAAACCUACCUCCUCAAUUAAUCCCAUACCAGUGUGACCAAUGCAAACUGGCAUUUCCCUCCUUUGAGCAUUGGCAGGAGCAUCAGCAACUUCAUUUUUUGAGUGCACAAAACCAGUUUAUCCAUCCUCAGUUUCUGGACAGGACACUAGAUAUGCCUUUCAUGCUUUUUGACCCCAGUAAUCCACUACUUGCAAGCCAGCUGCUAUCUGGAACUCUACCUCAGAUUCCAGCAAGCUCAGCCACUUCACCCUCAACCCCAACAUCUACAAUGAACACUCUGAAGAGAAAGCUGGAGGAAAAGGCCAGUGCAAGCCCUGGGGAAAAUGACAGUGGGACUGGCGGAGAAGAACCUCAGAGAGAUAAGCGUCUAAGGACAACAAUUACCCCAGAACAGCUGGAAAUUCUGUAUCAGAAGUACCUGCUCGACUCUAACCCAACACGGAAGAUGUUGGAUCACAUUGCGCAUGAGGUGGGCUUGAAGAAACGUGUUGUGCAGGUUUGGUUUCAGAACACUCGAGCACGGGAAAGGAAAGGGCAGUUUAGAGCGGUGGGGCCUGCCCAAGCCCAUAGACGGUGCCCUUUCUGCAGAGCUCUCUUUAAAGCAAAGACCGCUCUGGAAGCUCAUAUCCGAUCCCGUCAUUGGCAUGAGGCUAAGAGAGCAGGGUACAACUUGACUCUGUCUGCUAUGCUCUUGGAUUGUGAUGGAGGUCUCCAAAUGAAGGGGGACAUUUUUGAUGGAGCAAGCUUUUCCCACUUGCCACCAACCAGUAGUGAUGGUCAGGGUAUUCCUCUCUCACCAGCAAGCAAAACUAUGGAGCUCUCACCUCGAACUCUGCUUAGUCCGUCCUCCAUUAAAGUGGAAGGAAUAGAAGACUUUGAAAGCCCUUCCAUAUCCUCAGUUAAUCUGAGUUUUGACCAAACAAAGUUGGACAAUGAUGACUGCUCUUCUGUCAACACUGCAAUCACAGACACUACAACAGGAGAUGAAGGCAAUGCAGACAACGAUAGUGCAACAGGGAUUGCAACUGAACUCAAAUCAACAUCAGGACCUAGCGAGUGCCUGACAAAGGCUGCUAUGAUAGCAAUGUCUGAGUAUGAAGAUCGAUUGUCUUCUGGCCUUGUCAGCCCAGCUCCCAGCUUUUAUAGUAAAGAGUAUGACAAUGAAGGUACUGUGGACUAUAGCGAAACCUCCAGCCUUGCAGACCCCUGCUCACCCAGCCCUGGUGCCAGUGGUUCAGCAGGCAAGUCUGGAGACAGUGGGGAUCGGCCAGGGCAGAAACGCUUUCGCACUCAGAUGACUAAUCUCCAGCUAAAAGUUCUAAAGUCAUGCUUUAACGACUACAGGACGCCUACCAUGCUGGAGUGUGAGGUCCUAGGUAAUGACAUUGGACUGCCAAAGAGAGUUGUUCAGGUCUGGUUCCAGAAUGCUAGAGCAAAGGAGAAGAAGUCCAAGCUAAGCAUGGCCAAGCAUUUUGGUAUAAACCAAACAAGUUAUGAGGGACCCAAAACAGAGUGCACUUUGUGUGGCAUCAAGUACAGCGCUCGGCUGUCUGUACGUGACCAUAUCUUCUCUCAACAGCAUAUCUCCAAAGUUAAAGACACCAUUGGAAGCCAGUUGGAUAAGGAGAAGGAGUACUUUGACCCAGCUACUGUACGUCAGUUGAUGGCUCAGCAGGAGUUGGACCGGAUCAAAAAAGCCAAUGAGGUUCUUGGUCUGGCAGCUCAACAGCAGGGCAUGUUUGAUAAUACCCCUCUACAAGCUCUUAACCUUCCUACUGCGUACCCAGCACUACAGGGCAUCCCUCCAGUCUUGCUUCCAGGCCUCAACAGCCCAUCCUUGCCAGGCUUCACUCCAUCCAACACAGCUUUAACUUCUCCAAAACCCAACCUGAUGGGUCUGCCCAGCACAAGCGUCCCUUCACCCGGCCUUCCAACAUCUGGAUUACCAAAUAAACAGCCCUCCGCCUCGCUGAGCUCCCCAACUCCAGCACAAGCAACCGUGGCACUGGCCCCUCAGCAGCAGCAGCAGCGCAAGGAUAAGGAAAGUGAGAAGAUGAAAGAGAAGGAGAAGGCGCCUAAAGGGAAAGGGGAUUCCCUGCCGGGGCCCAAGAAGGAGAAAGGAGAGGCACCCACGGCGACCCUUUCUGCCCCCCUCCCCACCAUGGAGUAUGCGGUGGAGCCUGCCCAGCUUCAGGCCCUGCAGGCUGCCUUGAAUUCAGACCCAACAGCCUUGCUUACAAGCCAGUUCCUGCCCUACUUUGUCCCAGGCUUUUCACCCUAUUACGCCCCUCAGAUUCCUGGGGCCUUGCAGAGCGGGUACCUGCAGCCCAUGUAUGGCAUGGAAGGCCUGUUCCCUUACAGCCCUGCUCUGUCCCAGGCUCUGCUAGGCCUGUCCCCCAGCUCCUUGCUGCAGCAGUACCAGCAAUAUCAGCAGAGUCUGCAGGAGGCGUUGCAGCAGCAGCAGCAGCAGCAGCAGAGGCAAGUGCAGCAGCAGCAGCAGAAAGUGCAGCAGCAGCAACAGCCCAAAGGAAGCCAAACCCCAGUCCCCCCGGGGGCUGCUACCCCAGACAAAGACCCUGCCAAAGAAUCCCCCAAACAAGAAGAGCAGAAAAAUGCACCCUGUGAGGUGUCCCCUCUCCUUCCCAAACCCCAAGAAGAGCCCGAAGCAGAAAGCAAAAGUGCGGACUCCCUGUGUGACCCCUUCAUUGUUCCAAAGGUGCAGUACAAGCUGGUCUGCCGCAAGUGCCAGGCGGGCUUCAGCGACCAGGAGGCGGCCAGCAACCACCUGAAGUCCCUCUGCUUCUUCGGCCAGUCUGUGGUGAAUUUGCAAGAGAUGGUGCUUCAUGUGCCCACUGGCAGCAGCAGCAAGGGCAGCAGCUCGUACCAGUGUGUGGCGUGCGAGAGCACAGUGUGUGGGGACGAAGCCCUGAGUCAGCAUCUCGAGUCAGCCCCUCACAAACACCGAACAAUCACAAGAGCAGCAAGAAACGCCAAAGAGCACCCCAGUCUAUUACCUCACUCUGCCUGCCUCCCCGAUCCUAGCACCGCAUCUACCUCGCAGUCUGCCGCUCACUCAAACGACAGCCCCCAAGCCCCUCUGUCCUCCUCUUCAGCUUCCCCCCACGCCUCCAGAAAGUCUUGGCCUCAAGUGGUCUCCCGGGCUCCACUUGGGAAGCUGCCUCCUCCUUCUUUCCCUCCUCUCUCCUCAUCUUCAACGGUUACCUCAAGUUCAUGCAGCACCUCAGGGGUUCAGCCCUCGAUGCCAACAGACGACUAUUCGGAGGAGUCUGACACGGAUCUUAGCCAAAAGUCAGAUGGACCGGCUAGCCCGGGGGAGGGGCCUAAAGACCCCAGCUGCCCGAAGGACAGUGGUCUAACUAGUGUAGGAAUGGACACCUUCAGAUUGUAAGCUUUGAAGAUGAACAAUACAAAAAUGAAUUUAAAUAAAAAAAUUAAUAACAAACCAAUUUCAAAAAUAGACUAACUGCAAUUCCAAAGCUUCUAACCAAAAAAAGAAAAAGAAAAAAGAAAAAGCGUGGGUUGUUUUCCCAUAUAACAAUGCCGGUGGGUUUUACAUUUUUUUCUUUUAAUUAAAAAAAAAACAAAACAAAACAAAAAAAACCUCUUACAUUUGUCCUGUUGGUCUGGGAGACAAAAGUCCAUACUGCCUCCUUAGUGUCUUUGGAGCGUAAACCCCUUGUAUAUUGCCCUUUUCCAAUAACGCCCCCACAUCGAUAGCACAGCAGAGGCCGGCAUGCACUGUAUGGGAAAGCAGCCCACCGUGCUACAGUUUAAAUUUCUUGCUAUCUUAGCAUUCAGAUACCAAUGGCUUGCUAAAAGAGAAAAGAAAUGUAAUGUCUUUUUAUUCUCAGGUCAAUCGCUCACACUUUGUUCUGUUUUCAGAAUCAUUGUUUAUAUAUAUAUAUAUAUGUGUGUGUGUGUG